UCUACCAACAGUCUGCAUUGCUAAUAUCCCAUAAAUGUAUAUCUAAUACUUUAAUACGUUUGCAUGUGUAUAACAUUGCAUGUGCCUAUUGUAAUAAUCAUGGGUUUCUUGUGAAUGACUCAGCUGACCUUCACGUUUACAUUGUAUAGUGCUGUCUUCGUUUUAGUUAAAGUAGUGGGCUUUAUCAGAUCAGCAUGGAGAGUAGGCAUUCUCUUUAUUGUAAGCUACAAUCUUCCUGCCUAAAAUUUUCAACAUAUUCUUUUAUUUAUAGAGUGGUCUUUUGCAAAAUGAGAAGGUAAGAGAUGUACACAGCUCUGUAACACCAUGUCAACAUUGUCCCUACCACCCUCCUAACUCAGUAAAAAAAAAAAAAAAACGUUUGCAAAGGUACCAACGGAUUUCCACUCUCACAAGUUGGAGCCCAAAGCUUCAGGCCUCUCAGAUUACAUAAGUGCUAAUUAUAGCUAUGGUCGUAACAUGACUUCGACAUCCUUAACAUGACUGGAAUUAUAACAGUUGGAAACAUUGGCUUUGCCUGAAGUGCAGCAUAGUGAAGGUUUUUGCACUGAAACAUUGGCACGUUUAUAAUCAUUCUGGAAUGUACGUAUAACUUAGUGAUGAUGUUGAUGAAACCACGUCGACAAACGUGAGAUUAUAUGUUGCCUGUUUGGAACUUGUAAACUUUUUAUUGGAGCCAUGUUAACACUGGACCAACAAAAUCGCUGGCUUAAUGGACGGACUGGUUGUUGAAGCAGUGAUUAGGUUUAACAGAUGUAACAUGGAUAUUCUUACUGCACUUCCCUGAACCUCUCUGUUAACACCGUAAAAAGAGAACACACACGGAGACGUUUUUCUCUUUUUACUCCCAACAGAUGAGAACUUCAACCUGAAACACGACAGAGCUUUCCUGUUGUCGAUGGCCAAUCGAGGGAAGGACACCAACGGUUCACAGUUUUUCAUAAACUCUAGCAUCCUGCUCCUCCAAGCACAACCAAGAUGGCGCCGCACCUCGAUGGAGUACAUGUUGUCUUUGGACUCAUCAUCUCUGGGUUUGAAGUGAUAAAGAAGAUUGAAGGGCUGAAGACGGAUUCAGCCAGCAGACCCUAUGCUGACGUGAGAGUGGUGGACUGUGGUCAGCUGAUUACCAAAUCUGCAAAUGAUGUGCUGCAGGGAAAGAGGAAAAGAACCUUGCAUUCCACCAACUCAUCGUCAAGUUCUCAUGAAUCAUCCUCUCAGCUCUCUACUGAAAGUGAGUCUGAUGAAAAACACAAACAUCGCAAGCACAAGAGACAUGCAAAGAGUAAACAUUCGAAAAGGAAAAAGAGGGAAUCAAAGAAGGAGAAUAACAACCAUGCUAUACAUCCAAAGCAGUGUUCUGAGGAGAGCGUGAUGAUGAAAGGAGAGACUGAAGUAGAAGAAGAGAAGGAACAAAGUGGGAAGAGAGAAAAGCCUUUGGUUCGACCAGAGGAAAUCCCACCAGUGCCAGAGAACCGCUUCCUUUUGCGACGGGACAUGCCAUCUCAGGAGGAUAAAGCAGAGAUAGUUGUGAAAGACGAAACGUCUCUUUCAGCUGAUCAGAAACCAGCUGUUUCAAAGUCUGGCCGUAAGAUCAAAGGCAGAGGAACAAUGAGGUAUCGAACUCCCACUAGGUCUAAAUCUCGCUCUGCAUCACUGGAAGACCGUGGCAGUAGUGAAACACCACCACACUGGAAAGAAGAAAUGAAGAGAACCAAAGUUUAUCAGCCACCGAGCAUUGAGAGAUGGAGCAAAGGAGACAAAUUGAAUGACCGUUCCUCGAGCAGAUGGGAGGACAGAAGUGACUCUGCAUGGUCCCGGUCUGCAGAUCAUUCUUCAGACCAUAGCUCUAAAAGGUCCAGCCUGCGCCACCAACAAAAGAAGGAGAAGAAGAAAGCCAAACACAAGAAGAAAGGCAAAAAACGGAAACACAGUAAGAAGAAGCUCUCCAAGAGCAAGCCCCUGGAGUCUUACAUGUCAGAGGGUGAAAGGUCUUCGUCUUCAGGAAGGAAGGCCAGAAAAUCUUUCUCUCCUUCUCGUUCUUCAUCGAGUCACCAUCAUUCAUUGACUCAAAGAAGAAAUCGGUCUUCAGCAUCUGUAAGAGAUUCACAUUCAUUCUCUAGAUCGUACACACGCAGUCGAUCUAGAUCUAGGGGGAGAUCAAGGUCCUAUUCACAAUCCAGAAGUCGUUCUAGAUCAAGAAGUCGGUCAAUGUCUAGGUCCAGAUCACCAUCCUAUUCUAGAUCCAGGUCAAGAUCAAGAUCCAGGUACAGAUCCAGGUCUUUGUCUCGGUCUAGGAAGAGACGUUUAUCCAGAUCCCCAAGAAAGAGAAAAACCAGCAAGAGUAAAUCAGAUGUCAUGGUCCAUGGGGCAGAGAAACCUCACGAAAGCAAAGUAUUGCCUGUCACCCGACUUCCUACUGUCCCGGUUCCUGAAAAUGUUCCUGUAAUCCCACUAAGCGACAGUCCUCCACCAUCACGCUGGAAACCAGGUCAAAAACCCUGGAAGCCCUCCUACAUCCAUAUUCAGGCUAUUAAAGCUAAAUUAGCUCCCAGUGCUUUGGCCUCUAUUGGACAAGCAGCUGAUGAUGACACUAAAAAUGCCCCGGUUUCAGUUACAGCAAAGUCUCUGCCGAGUAAAACCAAAAUUGACAAAGGUUACAAACCUGCACGGCAGUCGUGCAGCCGGUCAUCCAGAAGCAGGUCCUAUAGCCGAUCAUAUAGUCGCUCAAGGAGUAGAAGUUGCAGCAUGCCCAGGUCCAAGUCGGGAUCGCCUCGUACAAAUCACAGCAGGUCCUCCUCCUAUAGCGGAGCAGAAUCUGAAGAAUCCCAGAAAACAGGCAGCAACAAAAGAAAUUCACUAGAGAAAGAGUGGAAAGAAUACUACAGCUCUCUAAAUAGGAUUAAAAACUUAGAUCAGUGCUUUUCACUCAGAAGUAGCGAAGAGGAUCAUUCAAGAUCAGAGAACAGGACGGGCAGCGCACACAGUCCUAAUGUCAGCUUUUCACAGAGAAGUGGCUCAUCAGAGAAAAAAGAGCGAGGCAGCUCACAGGAGGUGAAACAUCACAGUUCUGUGCAAGGGGACAGCUUUAGUAGCAAGUCUGCCUGGGACAGUGACAGCGACAAAGGAAACAAAAACAACCAUGCUAUGGCAUUGAAAACGCAGAAACAAGAAACUCAGUCAAGGAAAGUCCUUGACAAGAAGUCUCCAGUUACUGGAUGGAAUUCAGAAAGUGAUUCAGAAAAUGUAACUGCCAGGACAGUGGCUGUAUCUGAUAAGGAGGAAGGGGAAGCUAGUUCAGAGUCAGAUUUUGGCACUUACAGAAAAACAUCAGAGGCUGUAACUGCUUUAGGACUCAAGAUCACUGCUACAGUUGCUUCUAAUCAAACAGAGGCAAAUCCUGACAAGGCCACAGAGUCAGAGAAGCAAAAAAGCAAGAAGAGGGCUAAACGCAAGCAUAAACGCAAGAGAAGAAGCGAGAACAAAAGUAAGGACAAAGGAAAGAGAUCCAGGAGGAAGCAGCAGAAGCAGAAAGAGACUUUUCACUGGCAACCACCUUUAGAGUUUGGAGAUGAGGACGAUGAAGAUGAGUCCAGAAAAGAGAAACGCAGUCCCGGAACUGUUGUAGAAAUGACUGGAGUAGACAGCAUGGACGAAAAAGACCAAAAUGGAGACUCUUCAAACAACAAUCCCGGUAAAAAGGAUGGCACACGGCAAAAAAGAGCAAAAGAAUGUAUCAACAAAAACUCAAAAUAUACUGAACCUCGUCCAUCAACCACCAAGAAUGGUGCUAGUGGUACUCAACUAUCCUCCUCCAAGCAGGAGCAGGAGUCAUUGGAUGAUAUGGACAUCUGUACCCCAGAGCAUGACGCCGACGUAACAGAACCUCCACCAACACAUGAUUCCCACAAGAAUAACUCCAAGUUGCCUCUAAAUUCUUCAGAUAUGUCAAGUAAAGAGCCCACUCUCCCUCAUGUCAAAGAACAGUCUGCUGUAGACUCCACUUCAGAAUCUGAUGGGCUGCAAGACAAAGCAGCUACUGGCACUGGGAUUAAUUUCAAAUGGCGUCCUUUGAAGGGAACGUCAGCUCAGCAAAUGGCUAAUUUGCCACCUGUUACUGCAAAAUGCAUCCAGAAUCAAGAGAACCAGGCCCUCGGCACGCAAGGUGUGAGAAUGGAGAUAAAAAGUAAAAACCGGGUCAGACCAGGAUCCCUGUUUGAUGAGGUCCGUAAGACGGUACGACUCAACCGGAGGCAGAGGAACCAGGAGAGCUCCAGCGAGGAGAGGUCUCCUUCUGUAGGAAAACCCAGGGCAGCGUCACGCUCUCCUCACAAGUCCAGGUCUGUGUCCAGGAAGUCUGACUCUGUUUCUAGUCACCGGACAGACAGUAGAGGGUGGUCCCGCUCCUACAGCAGGUCCAGGAGUAGAUCCCACUCCAGUUACACAUCCAGGAGCCGUAGCAGGAGUCGCAGGAGACGCAGGAGAAGGCGGUCGCGCUCUCGCAGCAGCACAUAUGGAAGUUACAGGAGCCACAGUUGGACGUACAGUAGAAGUCGCUCCAGAAGUCGCUCAUAUAAACGUCAUCGAAGAUCCAGGUCAGACUCCUAUGAAAGCUAUUCCAGUCGUAGCGUGAGCAGGAGACGAGGACGCAGACGGAGUGACAGCUACAGGAGCUCGGACCAUCGGUCCCGGUCGUACCGCUCCUCCAGUCGUAGUUCUUCUAGACACAGGAGCCACAGUUGCAGCAGUCGCUACAGUUGAGCUGCGUCUCCGGCAGGUUUCUCAUCUGAUGAGAAUGAACAAAACCGCGGAUUCUGGACGUCAUUCACAAACAAUGAUAACCACAGAUCAGCAAGUGAAGCUGAAAGGGUUUAGUCUAUUAUUGUACUGUAUCUCUUGACUAUAUAAGCUGAAAUAGUGGCCUUCAAAGAAUUGAAUGUUAUAAAUGUAUAUAAUUAAGCCACUUUCAAACUUGAGCACAGGCAGACGCUUGACUUUGUAUGUUAAACUAAACUGUAUAUAUAUAUUUUAUAUUCUAUAUUUGUCUGUUCCCUUUUUAAGUCUGUUUUUUGUACAUUGAAAUGGACAAACAUUACGCUGAAAGUAUCUAAUCCUCUCAGUGUUGACAUGUAUGAAAAGUUAAUGGGUUAGUGGUUAUGGAUUUAGGUUAUGCCAUAGCUUCAUUGUCAGCUAGACUCAUUUGUUUUUCUCUGGAGACAUCCUUGUUGAUGGGAAAAUAACUCUGUACCAAGCUGUCAUUUGUUACUGUUCCAUUAUUAAUGUGGCAUGCAUUGUUUAAGCUGUGCUCCAAGUAGAGCGUCGUCUUUUCUUCAGUUUUAUCAUUUUAGAAUGUUUACGAUUAAUAAAUUUCAGCACCUCUUG